GCUAGCCUUGGCUCUCGCUCUGUCAUCCCUGCUCUACCCCUGCAGCGUCCCUGGUCGAGCUGCGAGCUCUGGUCUUUUCCUCCGUCCACUGCCCACCCCUCCCCUGUCUGUCAUUCCCGUCAACCAUCUCAACUUCUCGCGGGAAGAGAUAUAUUCCCGUCGCCUUUGACUGCUUUCAGACGACGCUGGCGCCGUUUCUACUUUAUCGCCGUUUGCAGACAUCACCACUGGCUUUCAUUCCAUCCGCCCGAAGCCGUGUCUCUGACUAGUCUCUUAGCGCAUCUUCAUCUGGCCGCUGCUUUGACGUCGUCCCCGGCUUUCGUUGUCAGUUAG